AUGUCCUUUCACUCCACGGGACGCGGAACUCCUCACAUCCGACUCAAUUCAGGACGUCAAGACCCGUUCGGCGACUCCGAUGAUCCCUAUGCAUCGGUGCCACACCCGCACAUUGGACGGGCACUGACGCCGGGGAUGGUACAGUCUCCCUCCGAGGGCACGUUGCAAACGACGAUGUGGGGGUCGCCGACACCGCAGGAGUCGACCGAGUUCCUGAUCCCGCCGCGGCCCUACCGCGGCCACCAGGAGGAGAUGGACAGCAUGCGGUCGACGGAGCUGUCGACGCGGUCGUCGCGGCGCACGAGUUGGAGCUCCGAGGGUGCCAGCGCGGACACCCGCGGGUAUGUGUAUACCCCCUUCGAAGAUCUACGGUCCCCGUCACGCGCCGGAAGCGAUGAGGUGGAUGUGAACACGCAGACGGUGUCGGAGAAGUACAACAUCAUGCCCAUGGAGGGACUGCUGUUGUUCCCCGAGGAUGUCGAAAAGGAUGACUACCUGCACGAACCCAACCCGAACGACGAUCAAGAGUGCGACAUAUGGAACAGGCGCGGGAUUGCAAAUGUUGGGGGGUUGAUCCUGAUCACUAUAGGCUUCUUGGUGUUGUUUAUCGGCUACCCUGUCAUGUCGGCGGUAGAGAGCUUCAGAAAACCGUCCAGACCAUCAUGUCAUGAAACUGAUCCCCUGUGUCUCGAGGUCGGCCAGCAGCCGAUGCUGGCCAAUAUUCGGACCGGCUUGAUAGACCCGGAAACCCCAAAGUCAGCCAUGAGCAAGACCACGGCGGAUGGCAAGGAAUGGCAGUUAGUGUUUUCGGAUGAAUUCAACACUCCGGGCCGAACAUUCUACGACGACGAUGAUGCCUACUUUCAAGCAGUUGACCUGUGGUAUGGUGUCACGCAGGACUUGGAGUGGUAUGACCCGGAUGCAGUCACGACGAGAGAUGGAAACCUUGAGAUUCGGUUUGAUGCCUUCGCUAACCACAACGUCUCAUAUCGGUCUGGCAUGAUGCAAAGCUGGAACAAGUUGUGCUUCUCCGGUGGUCGUUUAGAGGCGAGUAUCUCACUUCCCGGCUCCGGUGAUGUAUCCGGUUUCUGGCCCGGCUUUUGGGCCAUGGGGAACCUAGGUCGACCUGGUUAUGCUGCCACAACUGAAGGCAUGUGGCCGUACAGCUACCACGACGAAUGCGACGCCGGCAUCACCCCUAACCAAAGCUCGCCGGACGGUAUCAACUUCCUGCCGGGGAUGCGUCUCCCCGCAUGCACGUGCGCUGGCGCGGAUCAUCCUUCCCCAGGGAAAUCGCGUGGCGCACCUGAGAUUGACGUGCUCGAAGCCAAUGUCAUUGCCUUGAAUGGUGAUCAAAAUGCAUAUAUCGGCUCCGUGUCUCAGAGUCUGCAGAUGGCGCCGUUCGAUAUUUGGUAUAUGCCUGAUUAUGAUUUCACCGCUGUCUAUGAUCCAACGAUCACGCAGAUCAACUCUUACCGCGGAGGCCCGUAUCAGCAGGCUAUGUCGGGCCUCACCAACCUCAACAACGACUGGUACAAUGGCUCCGAAUACCAGGUCUACGCCUUUGAAUACACCCCUGGUGCUACAGGCGACAUCACCUGGUUUGUUGGGCAGGACAAGACAUGGACUCUGGACGGUCGCGCCAUUGGACCCAAUGGCAACGUCGGGCAAAGACUGGUCCCCGUGGAGCCGUUGUCGAUCGUCAUGAACUUGGGCAUGGCCUGGAACUUUGCCCCAAUCGACGAGAGCAUCAAGAGCUACUUGCCCGGCUACUUGCGAUUCGACUAUAUUCGGAUUUACCAGGACCCCGAGCACACCAGCGUCACCUGUGAUCCUCCCGGCUACGAGACCACAGACUACAUUGCCAGACACCCGGAAGCUUACCGCAAUGUAAACAAAACCACUUGGGACGGCGCCGGUUAUGAAUGGCCCAAAAAUACCUUGAUGCAUGGAUGUUAG